AUGUCAAAUAAAUUUGGGUUGAAGAGGGGUAUUACGGACGUCGAAAUCGAUCAAGUUAUCAGCAGCGCCACUUCCUCCACUGAAACUGCUGCCGCCUUGUUGAGGAAUUCUCCACUGAAUACUCCCGGUGCAGGCGUUGGCGCUUCUGGAAGAGAUGGCCGUACGCAUCUUUUCGUUGGAAAUCUACCUUACAGAGUUCGUUGGCAGGACUUGAAAGAUCUCUUUAGAAAGGCCGGUACCGUCCUCCGCGCAGAUGUCGCUCUCGGUUUGGACAACAGGAGUAAAGGCUACGGCAACGUACUCAUGGGCUCCGAGAUCGACGCCGCUAAAGCUAUUGACCUUUACAACGGCUACGUCUGGCAGACGAGAACCCUUGAAGUCAGGCCUGAUCGCUUGCCACCUGAAUAUGAUUUACCUGGCCCUCAAUCUCAACCACACAACCAGUCUAUCCGUCCCGCGAUGGCUGCUAUUCCACCUCAUCUGCUACACCACUGGAACCAGCCGCUAUUUAACCAUGUGCAUGCUCCUGGUUCUGUUCACCCCCCUCAUCCUGGGGCUCCACCGAGGAUGCUCUCCGAUAGUAUCACCAUCGAUAGAUCCUCCAAUUAUUCAAACAUUGCGCAACAGUUUCCCGAUAACAAUACCAGCACUGUCAUCGAGCCUCUCUUAAACAGAGGCAUAUCUGCUCCUAGUGCUCAUGCAAUGCAGGUACUUGGUUUGUCUCCUCCGAUUAAUCUCACUCCAUCUUCUGCACCCUCGCACUCAAGCAGGACAGUCUUUGUCUGCAAUUUGCCCUACAACCUACAAUGGCAAGAGCUCAAAGAUAUAUUCAGAGCGGCAGGAAAUGUCGUUAGAUCAGAUGUUGCUGCCAACCAAGAUGGCUCUAGCAAAGGUUACGCAGUGCUGACGUUCGCAGUUGAGACUGAAGCAAUCAAAGCUGUGCAGUUGUUCGAUGGAUUUGAGAUAGCUGGACGCCUACUCAAGGUUCAUCUGGAGAGCACUCUCACCAAUUCAACUAGUUCCCGACCACCAGCCCCAUCUUCAAUCAGCAGCAAUGCCUUCUCAGAUUCUUUCAAUCAUAGCAGUGCACAGUCAACACCUAGUUCAGGACUAGGUAUUGUGCCAGCCACGGCAGCUUCCUCGCAUGGUUUCUCAGGUGGAUCGAAUACAUCAGAGGUAUCCAAGUCAUCCCCGUUCACAACGCCGUUGUCUCCACCAGCCGGGGCGCAGCCAUCACCCAGCUAUCCAUUACCUAGAAUGGCGCAAAACGAUUACGCAGAUGCUGCCUUGGCAGCAGCUAAAAAGAUAGAUCACUUGAGCCUUGAAGAUGGAUUCAAUAAAACGGAAGCCAGAUCACCAAAGAGCGUAGCACAUCCUGGAAAAAUAUCUCUUCCACCUGCGACCUUCUCCAACAAUUCAUUCCAACCUCUAUCACACCAGCCACCAUCGAGAGGAGCGGCUGCCCCGCCACCGAUGACACCCUCUAUGCCUGGCUUCUACCUGGGACCAUUCGCAGCGCCAACACCCGGCUAUGUCCCAGAGAUGAUGAGUCCUGGUAUAGGUCCGUUCAGUCCAGGGGUAGUUUCCUCGCCUAGUACUCACUACAACCCUUACUUAAACCCAGCGCCAGGAGCACCGAUAUACUACGGCCCCUCUGCACCCGCUGGCACGCCCGGUGCUAGUUUCAAUCCGAUGUUCCCGCCCGUCUACAAUUUAACAUAUCCACAUUACCAGCAGCACGUUCCCCACGGCCUUAUCGACUACCACCAAGCUGAGUUCGACCAAUAUGGCCACCAAAAGCGACAUGAAAGCCAAGUCGAAAACGAAAAGGAGCACGAGUUGAACGGCACCGCUGAAAAGGUGAACAGGCAGAAAGACCAAACACAUGAGAUCGAUGGGUACCCCUUCCCCAUUAUCACACACAGUAGUGAGUUGACGGAGCAGAACAACGACUCGGCUGUGUCUAGUGGGAGCGACGCUACCACUAUCCCUGCUAAAGAUGCUGAUUUCAGCGAUGAGGUGUUUAAGGAGAGAAUGCAUGUUUUACAGAGAGACAGAGCAUAUUCGCAUGACGCUCCGCUUGAAGGUGAUGCUCAUUCUGCCACCAUCUUCAAGCCGAAAUUACUCCAUCAUUCUAAAACGUAG